AUGUCUUCAUGUUCAACGAGCGGGCACUCCUUGUACAUGUUCAGGCAUUUGAUCACAUACUUCCAGCGGGAACGACCCGAGAUCCGCAGCUACUUUGGUGGCUGCUGGCAACUAGUUAUGAAGUGGGAACGCCUGGAGCCAGUGGAGCAUCGCAAUCCGCUGCCGAUGGUUCUGCUGCAGGCCAUGGCUAGCCCUGUCUCUGCCUUGGGACUGGCGGCAUGUGGCCGGCAUUCUGGUCCUGACUUUCUUUGGCAUGGCUCGGCCUGGCGAAGUCCUUCGGGCGACACGAGCGGAGUUGCUGCUUCCCGGCGACCUGAGCCACGGAGAUCGUUUAGCUGCAACGUGCGGGGAUGGAUUGUAGUGGCCGGUAAGAAGAGUCAACCCCGAAACCCUACAGCCGUGUUUCCAUGCUGCGACAGGCAUCAAAUUGGAUAA